CGCAUGCUGGAGCGCAGAGAACGAGAACGAGAACGCAGCGCUCCGUCUGGACGCGUAGCCUACUGCCGAUUUUCAGAGCUUUUAAUGUCUGUUUGAUCCACUUCUGUAUAUCUGUUUUUGAGGUAGCGUUGCACAGUUAUAUUUAGGCUUCGUCUCACUCUCAACUGAAGACCGGAGAGUCAUUUGCAGCGUUGAGGAGAAACGCGCAUCUCUAAGGAUGAAAGCGCCGGCAGAAUGCUGCAAAACUGAUCGAUUAAUUGAUUGAUAGAUUAGUUGAUGAUUAGUUAAUUGCUCUCAUUGAUGAAAACUGCAGAAAUGAAUGGACCUCUAUCAAAAUCCGAGCGCAGAAACAUGGACACAUGUUUGAGGAGAUUAAGACAGGAACUGCUCUCUAUGAAGGAGGCCGGUGAUGGACUUCAUGCUCAGAUGAACAGUAUGAUGGGAGCACUGCAAGAACUGAAACUCCUUCAGGUUCAAACUGCACUUGAGCAACUAGAGAUCUCAGCGAAGCCUGGAACAAUGGCUCAAACAGCUGUAGAACUACCUAGCCUUAGCCCCGACCCAGACAACCAGAAAACCCAGCUUGCCUGGUCAUCUGUUAAAGAAGAGCUGCACCUGUCCCAGCAUCCCCAUCACAGCAGCUUGGGGGCAUCACCCUCAUCCUUCAGCCUGGAGAGUGAGAGCAUUCCUCUGCCCAGACAAAUCUCAGGAUACAUAGCCCCGCAAGUGGAGUACUGUGGCCCAAAGUUGGGCCACCUUCCUGUACAAAACCAUAACAACCAGCAGUAUUUGUCAGAACCAGCACAGCUGGUACCUCAAGCCCAGGUGGACCUUUCUGGGAUUCUCUACAGCCUAUCCCGGGAGGGACCGUCACUUGACAGUGACUACACCGAGGACAGUAUGGACGACUCCAGUGACUGGACGUCCUCACUCAUGAGUCAGAGUCGCAAUCGUCAGCCUCUUGUGCUGGGAGACAAUGUCUUUGCUGACCUAGUAGGCAACUGGCUGGACCUUCCUGAACUAGAAAAAGACUGUCAGGGCCUCAACAGACCCGACUCUCCAGCCCAUCCACUCAGACUCAGUCGCUCCCAGGAGCUCUGUAAAAGGUUCUCACUGACCACCAACAUCUUCAAGAAGUUCCUACGUAGUGUACGACCCGAUCGGGAUAAACUGCUGAAGGAGAAGCCUGGCUGGAUGCCACCAGAUCACGAUCCUGAGGCAGAACUCUUCAAGAGACCCAAGAAGGCAGCCAGCAAACCCAAGGGUGGAUUUUACUUACCAUUCUGGGCUGGAGGACAGCUUGGAAAGGGACGGUCAUGUUCUCAGCUAACAGAGGAGAGGGGUCACAUUCUAGGUCUGAACAUUGACAGGAGUCAAACAGAUCCUGUGGACAAAGUUCAUCACUUAUUUAACUAUAAUACAGCUGUUUGGGUUUAGAGGGGUACAAAUGAAAUAGUUUAGUCUUGAACCAGAAAUUGUAUAAGGCAAAUUGUUUGAUUUCACAUAAACUAUCAACAUGACAAACAUUUGGAACCCUCAGGGUAUGCGAGCAGGUCUUCCUUUUAAAUAUGACUCUUUAUAGCUGCACUUAAAAUAUUACCGUAAAAGUUAGAAAAGCCAAGAUGUCCUCUAUAGCUAUGCAUUUACAUAUUUCAUCCACAUAAUGCCAAAUGUUUCUUUAAAAAAAAACUGAUUCCACUGUGUUGUCACUAAGUCACUGUGCAUGUUUACUGGUUUCUCUGUGAUGUUGUGUAUUUAGUUUCCAAACACACAUGAAUCUUACCUUGUAUUUGAGCACAGUGGCUUCUGUUGCCAGACUGUUGUAUAUUCAGGGACUUCACUUUCUAUGUAAAAUUAAUCUACUCAUGGCUCAUAGCCCAUAAAUAUCAAGACUAUAAUUUUUGUCAACAGACUUAGCACAUGUUAGCUCCUGCUUAUAUUUUCCCAGAGGUUACACUAUGCAUGGAACACUAAAAGAGACCUACUAUUAUGUCAUGUCCAGCCUUCUGUAAAAAGAACUUGCUGUCAAGCCAUUUUAAAUCAACUCUAAUUUCCACUAUUGACUUUACUUGCCUACAGUGGCCCCAAAAGUAUUUGGAAACUGAACUCAUACUUAAAAAUGUACAUACAAAUUACAUUUUACAGCAUGUAUUCUGUAAUAUGUAGUGGAAUACAUUUCAAAAGUAACCCUCCCAACCCUGUCAGUGUGUUACUGCAUGAUAUUAAAGCACAACAAAGUCAGAAAAGACAAAGAAAGUGUGAAAUAAUACCGGUGCGCUGUUUCUCCCAGAUGCGGUUCAAAUGUAAUCUAAGAACAAAUGCAACAUGUCAAGCACAAUUAUCCAUUAUUUUAGUGGAUUGGCUAUAUUAAAGGACCUUCAAGUGUUCGUGCUUCUUUUCCGUCUUGAUAUCAGACACACUAAAGAAGAUUCGUGAAGCUCUUGUGAUUGUGUAUGUAUCCGCUUUUUUAAAUUUUCCAAUCGGAUGGUUAUUUCCUUUUAAAGCCGCUCGUAAAUGGCAAAGUUUAAACUCUUGUUUUAGCACAGUGGUUGAUUGACAGGUGAGGGGCAGUGCUUCACUGCUGCCGGGACGCAUACAGGACGGAUUAGCGUUUACACCUCAAAUGUGAUGUGGACACAUGCAUUUUUGACCACAUUCGUAUGUGGUUUCUGUGAUCCAAUCACAAAACGUUUUAGAUCCCAUUUAGACCUGUAUUUAGGGCUGGCCACAUGUUAUCGGAUCCCCUGAAACGCAUCUUAAUACCAUGUGGAAACGGGGUCAAAAUAUCAAACCAAGUGGCAAACAAAUGAUGCUAGAUAUAUUCUAAGGACUAACUUCACUUUUCGGAGCAAUUUUUUUCAGUUACUUUUCACCAACUAGUGUCAAGGUGAUUUUUGGUGGAUGUAUGCAGUCAGUUUUAGGUAGUUAUGCUGUCUUUCUUUAAAUUAAAUGCCAUUUAGCUUGAUAUGUUGUUAUCUAAUGCAACAAGAAACAUACAGGUUUAAGUGUUACUUAAGUGUGAUGGCAAAUUGUCAUCAUAGAUGUCACGAUCUCAUUAAUCUUUUGUACAAUGAGAUUAUAGAGCAUCUCACAAGAUUAUAACACCUGAAUAUAUAUCUUACCUAAGCAUAAUCCUGCACAAACGUGAUCUGUGGUCAAGAGUGGAUUAUGCUUCUAUGUAAAGGAAGAGAAAGGUACCUACAUAAGUGAUUAGGGAGGAGGGGUGGGGAGAGAAUUCCUGUCAUUCAAAUUAUGAAUCAAACCAGAUUCUCAGCAUGAACUGAAUGAUCCUGGUUCUAAAUAAGAGCUCUCUGGACAGAGUCAAUUUUACAGCAUGAUUCAACUGGAUCAAAGUUCAUUGUGUCUGCAGUAAAUGUACAAGGUUUUCAGUUACAGUAUAUGAGUAGCAGUACAUUAGAAUGUGUCAGACACUUUUUAUUUUUACUAUUGUUUAUUUAUAUAGUUAUUGAACAGUUAAAAGCCUUUUACUGUCAGCAUUUUGCAUUGUAAUUGAUUUAAGAGAUCUGCAAGAAUGAGGAAGUUUUCAUAAAGAACAGAACUUUGAUUUGGUAUAUAUGGUUUACAUUUUCUAGCACAAAUAGCAAUACUUAGAGCUCACCACACUAAUGUGAUCAUACUGUAAGAAAUGACAACAGCACAAAAGUCUGUUUUCUGAAAGUAGAGGUGUAAUUUUGCAGAGCAGAAUAUUAAGAAAAAGUUUAUUUGAGAGGGCACCAUAAAAUAUUUUGUAAAAAAUUAAUAUAAAUAUUGUAUGUUGUUUUCUUUUUGUAUGGUUUAGUUGUUUAUAAUAUCACUUAUUUUGCUAUGGAGGUUUACUGUGUAACCUAGAGUUAACAAAAAUGAAAUAUUGUUUUAUGAAAGUAUUUCUGUUGUGCAUUUUAUGUAAACAUUGUCUUCCUUGGUGCUUUCUUACAUAGCUAGAUCUCUAAAGACCACGUUUAACAAGAAAUUAUUAUUAAUAUUAUUAUUAUUAUUAUUAUUUUAAUUGCAUUGACAUGAAAAGUUUUAGGUGCCAUUGCUGCUCAUCUGGGCAAUCAAGCCAUAAAAACAUCUCAUAAAAUACCACAUAAUUCACAAUUUCCUUUUUCCUUGUCAGGCUUUACUGUGAGAUUUCUGAUAAUGUGUUCCAUGAUGAUAGUGGGUCUACUCCUCAGAAGCUUGUACAUGUUACAGAAUAAACAUUUCUGUUAUGCAUUUUAUUUAAACACUGACUUCCUUGGUGCUUGCAUAGCUAGAUCUCUAUGUAGACCACAUUUAACAAUAAAUUAUUAUUAUUAUUAUUAUUAUUAUUAUUAUUAUUAUUAUUUAAUUGUAUUGACAUGAAAAGUUUUAGGUGCCAUUGUCGCUCAUCUGGGCAAUCAAGCCACAAUCUAACAUAAUUCACAAUUUCCUUUUUCCUUGUUAUGUUUUACUGCAAGAUUUCUGAUAAUGUGUUCCAUGAUGACAGUGGGUCUACUCCUCAGAAGCUUUACAUGUUACGGAAUAAAGAAAAACAAAAGAUACA